AUGUCUCAAUUUCAUCGACAAAAAAAUUAUUCAUCAACAUCAAAUCGUCAACAAACAUCCUCGUCAAAUAAUAAAUCACAAUCGAAUGCACCACAUAAUCAUCAACAUCAUCAUCGUUAUAUAUCACCACUUGAAAAACUCGACAAAUUGAAUAACAAAUAUAUUAGAAAAAAGGUCGACCAAAAUAACAAAUAUAAAACAUUAUAUGAAAAUGGUGAAUGUAGUAAAUUCGAACCAUCAUCAUCGACAUUUACGCAAUUUUAUAUAAAUCGUGAAACUUCAAUCGACGUCCUUAAUGAUCUAAUCGAUUACGCUUAUUGCAUUCAAAAUUAUUCUAUCGAUACAGAAGGUCAAUUACAACCACCACCUGCACCAUCUGAACCUGCUCUACUACAAAUACAAUUUAUGCAUGAAAAAGAUCCAUCAAUCAUCAUCUUAAUCGAAUUAUUUCAUUUGCCGCCUACAUAUUCUUCAAAAUUCAAUAAAAUCAAGCAAUUAUGUGAAAUAAUCUUAUCAUCAAAUAAUAUAAUUACUUGUUGGGGUCAUCCAAAAGUCGAAUUAAAACAACUUACUCGAUUUCACCUAUUUACCGAUGACGAUAUUAAUCGUAUAACACCGAAAAACACACAAGAUGAUUUUAAAAAAUGGUUCAAUCAGACGCACACAAAAUCAAUUCAUCGUAAAGACGCACUCAACGACAAAUACUCGUUGCAAUCCGCCAUAUUUUUGACGUUUAAUGAAUGGAUCGAUAAACACAUGACGCUUGGUGACUGGGGAUGCGGUCUUGACUUAUCGCUGAACACGUACUUAUCAUCAGAUAAUAUGCAAAACGAAAAAGAAAUACGUGCAUUGAUGACCACUUACGCCUGUAAUGAUUGUUUGGCCGUUGCAAAGCUGUACCAAAUGAUGGAAUCAUUUAAAUCAUCCAAAGUAAAAUUAGAAAAUCAUACUUUGACUGCUUUAGAUCAUGAACAAAUGGAAACAUCAUUACGGCUCGAACCAUUAUCAAGUAAUCAUAAUGAUACAGUUGCAGUUCAUGUAUUACAUGAACGGUAUACUGUCGAAAACAUCAUGGAAGUAGAUGAACCGAAGGUCGAUAUAGUAUCUCCGGUUCAUGAACAACGAAAUAACAUUCUAGAUGAACUAGAAGACAUUUCCGACCAUGAACUACCACGUUUACUCGAACAUCCAGUAUUACCACGUGAAGAAAUUGAACCAACAACAUCGACAAAUGAGUUACAAUUAAGUUCAACAACUCAUGGUAUAGCAUCUCGUUCAAAAUUAACUAAAACCCAACGUAACAAUUUAAAGAAAAGAGCAAAUCGAUACAAAUUCGAAAUUAUCCGCCAAAUAUAUACACAAUUUACAAUAACGAAUGUUAAGCAAAUACUGACUGACAUGAACAUCUAUUGGGUGAAUGUUAAUAUUGUUGGCAGUACAUUAUUUUUGGGCUUAAAAAACGACACCAUUCGUCAACGUGUCGAUCAACAACUACAGCAGGACAUGUUCACUAAAGAACACUAUGAACGUCUCGAAAAGAAACGUCAACGUCGUCGUCAACAUCAUAAUCAUCAUCAUUAG